AAUAGCCACCUGGUGAGCCAUUCAUGUAAAUAGGUUGGAGCGUCUGCAAUUUGAUCUAGAACCUGUUAACUUGAGUUCGCGGACUUUCGAACUAACUAGGUUUUAAUUUUGAUCAUUUAGACCUUUUAUAACCAUGGCAGAUGAUGAGUUUGAUCAAGAUGACGUCAACGACGAUUUCGAAGAUGCCGAAGAAGAUGAUAACAUGGAUGAAAUGGAACAGCCAGAUGAUGAUGCACAAAUUGAUCUACUUCAGCAAGGAGAAGGAGGGGGUGGUCAAUUGCAAUCUAAGCGAAUUACAACACCUUACAUGACAAAGUAUGAGAGAGCCAGAGUUUUAGGAACCAGAGCCCUACAAAUAGCAAUGUGUGCUCCAGUAAUGGUUGAAUUGGAAGGUGAAACAGACCCUCUUCAAAUUGCUAUGAAAGAACUGAAGCAGAAAAAAAUCCCUAUAAUCAUUCGUCGCUAUCUUCCUGAUGGAAGCUAUGAAGAUUGGGGAAUAGAUGAACUUGUAAUCAAUGACUGACCAACAUAUAAUACACUAAGAUGUCUUUUUGA